GGAUGGUGGCACAUGGCGUGAGGGCAGACCCCCUCGAGUGCGAAGGUGCUGCAGGUGUGCGUUUUAUGGAGCGCGAGAGAGACACACAAGUCUCCUUUGAGCCAAUCAAAAGAGAGUGAAGUGGAACCGGAGAGAGAGCUCUCCACCUGUCCACACUGCACCUGUACCACCACUUUACUGGGCACCUAGCCUUCUGCCUCUCAGCGGCCAUACUUAGAGAGGAGGCCCCCCUGUAUAAAGUAACAUUUCAUUUUUCUCAGCACCCGUUUAGUGAAAAAAGAAAGAAAAACCAACAGCCGCCAUGUCAAAGGCUUCGCGAGCGCUGCUGUGCCUCUGUGUCAGCGUGAGCCUCCUGAGCCGCGCGCUGUGCGCGAGGGGGGCGCUGCACGCGAGGCUGCUGGAGCUCGUGUCGCCGCGCGAGCCGUUUGUGGGCGAGGAAGGAGUCCGCGCGGCGCUCGCGAUGCUGGAGGACCGUGUGCAGUGCGCCGGAGUGUCGUGUGGAAAGUGCUUCUCCCUGGAGGAUGUGGGCCAGCUCACUGGCGGCAUCGCAGCUACUGGAGGGCUGUCCAUGGAAGACUUCUUCAAGGUGGCAGCCGGGUGGUGCUUCUACCUAAGCGCGCCCAACGAAGCCUGUGCUGCCAUAAAGGAAGGGCAGUGGCAGCGGGAGACCAGCCGAUUCAUCCGGAACGUGACAGCUGAGGGCGUCCAGGGAGAUGGAUUUCACCCCUGGACAACUUUGGUGGAUCAUCUACUCCAUAGAAUAGGGAAGCACUACAAGCCCGCAGACCGAGAUCAGCACUGUCUCAGCAGUACUGACAUCUUGGAAGAGAACAACAUGACACGAGAUGACCUCCACAGCAUGGACAUCAUCUUCGGAAGCGUAGCAUACCAUGCUCUCCGAGGUGACUGUAUGACUGCCCACGUGCUGCCUGAACCCGAUUACUUCCUGGAGUUCAUCUUCAGUCGCUUUGGCACUGAUAACAUGACAGUGCAUGAUUUAGAGGAUCUCAUGAGGAGUCUGAGCCUGGGCAGACACAAUAGUACCCAUGACCAUGGGAGUGAACACAGGGGCCACCUCUCACGUCAACAUCACGGGCCUUCUGGGGGCAGCCAAAGAGAGACGCGUCAGCAGAACAGCAGCUGGGAUCAGAUGUGCUUCACAGCCAGAGAGCUUCUGGAAGUAUUCGGUGUGAAUGGCCCGGGUCUCUCACGGGAACACUUCACACAGCUCAGCCCUGCUCUGGUGCAGCAACUCCUCAGCAAGGCAUGCGAGGACACAGCCCAGCCUACAAACCCUGGAAGUCAGCUUAGCAGGACUGAGAGGUAUGUGUAUGCCACCAUUGCAAACGUGCUCAUUUGCCUGGUGGCCAUGUUUGGUAUUGUUGUCCUGCUGUGCACCACCUGCACCAACUUGUUCCAGCUUUGCAUCCAGUUCUGCAUCAGCCUGGCGGUGGGCUCCCUCACAGGUGAUGCUGUGCUCCAUCUUCUGCCUGUGUUCCUAGGCCUCCAUUCUCACAGUGAAGGGGAAGGUGGGGAUAAUGAUCACUCUGCAGAAAGCUCUGACUACACCUUCAAGCUCCUGGUUCUCUUGGCCGGCAUCUACUUGUUCUACCUAAUGGAGACCAUCUUUACCAUCAUCAGUCACACAGACAAGCAGCAUCAUCAUCAGCACCACCAUGACGAGGACUCUGACCCCCAUCACUGUGACCAUGGUAAAGUUCUUCAGAUGUACCAGGAACAAAGAAAGAGCAAGCAGUCAACAUCCCAAGCAGAUCUGGUUGAUGAAGAAGAGACUGAGAAGUCAUUCACAGUUUCCGAUGAUCGCACUAGAGAGCAGCACCUGCUCCCCUACAUGGUCACGAUCGGUGACGGCGUGCACAACUUUGCGGAUGGUCUCGCCAUCGGGGCAGCCUUCUCCGUGUCUUGGAGGUCGGGUCUGGCCACGUCGCUUGCGGUGCUGUGUCACGAAUUGCCUCACGAGCUGGGCGACUUUGCCAUCUUACUCCACUGUGGCUUGUCUGUGAAAAGGGCCCUGCUGCUCAAUGUGGGGAGCGCUAUGACCUCCUUCAUUGGCCUCUACAUCUCUCUCUCUGUGUCUACGGACCCAGCUGCCAAGGACUGGAUCGCUGCAAUCACGGCAGGCCUCUUCCUCUAUGUGGGCCUGGCAGACAUGCUCCCCUGUAUGAUCCACGCAAACAGCAGGAAGCCAUGGUUAAUGUUCAUUCUACAGAACCUGGGCCUCUUGAGUGGCUGGGGAAUCCUUCUGCUGCUGUCAUUGUAUGAGGAUAAAAUUGGCUUCUAGCUGCCAUGGACCCUUUCUAUACACAUCUUUUUAUUGGUUAUUUAAUGUAAUGAACAUAUUUUUGUAACACUAACCCAUUUAGCCACAGAGCAUCUUAUUAGCUAAAGUAUGCACAAAGGAUUGUGUGGCCAUUUUCACACAAAUGACCACAAGUACAAAAGAAUUAGUAAUACAUUAGAAAUUAAAAAGUAUUUUUAAGGUACACAGAGACAUUAAUUUAAGAAACCAUUAUGCUGUUUAGAAUAUGGUGAAACAUGAAGUGGUGUAGUUUUAGAAAUGGAGCAAAUACCAUAGGAAUAUUUGUUUAUGAUAGAGUAAGCUGUUUAUAUCAAUAUAGCCUUUUUGUACAAGAAAAAAAAAUUUACCCAAAGAAUUUAGAAUGUGUAUACUGUAGAAUGCUAUGCAUAAGUGUUUUUAAAAAUAUAUGUGCUGUUUUCCUGAAUUACACUGUUCAUAUGGCUUGUUAUCCAAACUCAUGAUCUUUAGUACAAGUUCUGUAUAAAGGCCAUGGCAAACACCCUUCUCUAGCUAUCACUGAUCAUGUUACAUAAGAUACAUUACAAAAUUUCAGUCAUCAUUGUGAAAACUGAUCAAAACAAGUGAAUAGGUAUUACAUAAAUUACUGCCAAACAGCAUUUGUCAGCAUUUCCAGAAAAGAGCACACAUUUAAAAUCUUAACUGCAAUAUUUUACAUGAUGAUUUGAUAAAGCGCAUUACAAUCAGAAGAGCAAAAGGUGCUUAUCACAUAGCCCAGACUACAAGAGCAAGUGUGAAAUUUCCCAGAUGCCAUCACUCCCCCCCGUGAAGAAAAAGUUCCCAUUUGUCAAUAACUGUACAGCAUGAUUGUUCUGCUCAGGUUUUUAUGUAGACAUGUACGGUACAACUAAUUUCCAGAAAUAACCAUUCUUUUACAGCGCUCUUUUUCCUGUGUUGAAUAAAAACAAGAAGCCAAAAGGUGAAAAUUAACAGCAGACAUUGUAGCAGUUAAGGACAGAUAUAAAAGCUGUAGGUUGAAGCCCCACUAUAUACUCUGCUGUAGUGUAAUUCAGCAAAAUUCUUAACUUGAAACUAUCCACUAAAACAUACAGCUUAAAAAAAUAAUUUAAAAAAAAAAGCAGCUUUGCAUAACGUUAGCUAAGCAAAAUAAGCGUUCUGGUAUUAACAUGUACAAUAAGAGUAACAGCUAAUAUCUGUGGAAGGGGUAAAAAUUCAUCCCACACAAUUAUCACUGCAUACAGAUCCUACAGAAGGAGUAUGAGAUCAGGCAAGCAUCCAGGUAUUCCCUACUCGGUUCAAAUGAGGAGCAACCAUUUUUCCUACUGGCAUGAGAAUCUAAGCCAUUCAUAGCAUAUUUCUCAUACCCAGCCUCCCACUCUCUGCCACCAGUUUAUGGUGGGGUGGGGGGGGUGAUCAGCCCCAUCCAGAGGGCAAACCUUUCAUCUGCAUCCAGGCCAAAGAACACUCUAAUUACUUCAUUACUGCUGAAUUUAUUCAACUGCAUCCAAGGCAAAUUUACAGUUCUGCUUUAAUUAAGGUACUAUAAAAGUAAAGCAGCCAUGGUUCUUUCUAAAAUUUUUAAACCUUUUUUUUUUUUUUUUUAUUUAUUUGUUUGUAAUGCUUGCAAACACUUCAUGUUAACUUUUAAGGGUAAGCUGUGAGAUGUGCAGUAGGAAAUUAAAACUGGCAUGGUAACUGCGCAUAUUUUUUAGUAAUUACCCUGGAGCCUAUCCAGUGUGGUCUCCAGCUGUGCUGUACAGCUGUGCUACUUUGUUUGGAAUGAACAUGUGCAAUGGCAAAGCUAACCUAGAGGUGACAGUUUGUAUUUCCAGAUUUUUGCUAGUGUGCUAUCAGCAAGGUGCAAAAAGUCAGCAAGCGGCAAAAAAAAAAAAUCCACCUAAAAGUGGAUAAACAAUAAGAUCACUAGAUAACAAAAUCACAAGUCCGCACCAUAGAUUAGCUUUAUGUAAGAUUAAUAAGAUUAAUUAUUAAACAUGAUAAACAGUCUUUUAAAAUAAGUUGGCAAGUGCAGGCAUAGCAUAAAGCAAUGUGGAUCAAUUCAGUGUCACGUGACAACGAUGGAUCGCAAGAAGUAUGGUUGUCUCUCAACCAAGUGAGUAACAAGAAAAAUCACCUGGAUAUGAGGCCCACAAAACAGGCACAGUCAAGUAAAUUUUUAACUUCAAAUUAUACAUCGGCUACACCUGAUACAGAACUUUGCUUUUUGUCAAACAAAUACACCUGUACUGAGUUUGACGAGA